AUGAGAUCAGAGCACAGAGUGGCUAAGUGAAUUGUCACCAGUAAUCCAUGGAGUGGAUCGGUAGAUGUCAAGUCUAUCUUAGCUCACGAAUAGUCUAUUGUAGGACUUCCCAAGUCGCUUCUGAGACUGAAGUUGGAGAGGAUACAACGCAGUGCUGUGUGUGAGUGGGUCUGAUGUCAGAUGCACCUGGAUUCAAAUCCUGGCUCUCCCGCUUACUACUUAUCCUCCCUCAGUUUCUUCAUCAGGAAAAUGGGGGAUAAGAACAAUACCUAACUGAUGGGUUGUCGUGAGGAUUAAACGAGAUAGGUGGCGCAUGGUUAAAUUGCUGUUAAUAAUAAUAAUAUCUUUCCGUAAAAGUUGUGCUUUAACUUCUUGCCUAUGUUGGGGCUGGGGAGUUGAGGUCAUCUCUGUAUCAGUGGGUCUCAACUUUGCACAGUGGAAUCCCCUGGGGCGCUUUUGCAGGUCGAAGCCCAGGCCACACCCAGAUGGUGACAUCAGAAGCUCGGGGCUUGGGGCAGAGGUAUCAGAACUUCGUGAAGCUUCCAGGUGAUUCCAAUGAGCAACCACCUUCACUUCUGCGUUUUGGAAGCAGAAGCUUGGGUUUAACUCCUGGCCUUUGUCCUUGGGCAAAUGCUUAAUUCCUAAGUCUCAGUUUCUUCUCCUCUCUCCCCUUAGCGGCGAGGAGGAUAACGCCCACCUCACGUGAUGGUCCUGCAGAGCGAAUGGCCUAUGUGCAGUGGGUUCUUAUUUGAGCACCUAACUGAGCCCUUUUCUUUACAUCGUUACAUAGCGACCCAGCCAUGGCAGGCUCAGGCAGCACUUCACCACGGGGCAAGCAUCUGUUCACAGUCAUCCUGAUGUUCCUAGCGGCCCUCGUCCUCCUCCACUCAGCGUCAUCCCAGUCCCAUCGAGACUUCGUGCCACCAGGCCAGCAGAAGAGGGAGGCCCCAGUUGAUCUCCUGAGCCAGAUAGGUCGAUCUGUGCGGGAAACCUUGGAUGCCUGGAUUGGGCCGGAAACCACGCACCUAGUUUCUGAGACGUUGGCUCAGGUGAUGUGGGCGGCCUCAUCGGCCGUCUCUGUGGCCUUCUUCACUCUGUCUGGGGUUGCCGCACAGCUGCUGAAUGCCUUGGGGCUAGAAGGAGAUCACCUCACCCAGGGCCUGAAGCUCAGCCCUGGCCAAGUCCAGACCUUCCUGCUGUGGGGAGCGGGGGCCCUGGUUGCCUAUUGGCUGCUGUCCCUGCUCCUCGGCUUGGUCUUGGCCUUGCUGGGGCGGAUCCUGUGGGGCCUGAAGCUUGCCCUCUUCCUGGCCGCUUUUGUGGCCCUGGUGAGGUCAGUGCCCGACCCUUCCACCCGGGCCUUGCUCCUCCUGGCCUUGCUGACGCUCUACGCCCUGCUGAGCCGGCUCACUGGCACCCGGGCCUCGGGGGUCCAGCUGGAGGCCAAGGUGCAGGGGCUGGAGCGCCAGGUGGAAGAGCUGCGCUGGCGGCAGAGGCGAGCGGCCAAGGGGCCCCGGAGUGUGGAGGAGGAGUGAGAAGGACGCCGGACGCUGCCACAUUCGUCAUACCAAAGAGCCGAGCUGCUUCUGGGUUGCACAGCCCUCCUCCCAGCCCCCUGCCCCUUUCUUGCUCUGUCUCCGAACGCUGUCUCUGCACCAGCCCCCUUAGCGGAGAGAGAGAGAAAGACCACCCCCCCCACUGGUCCUCAGGGGCCCUGUCCUCUGUGGUUCUCUGUCUGGGGUUGGUUCUCCUCACCCUUUCUCUGCUCCCCCCUGUCUCAGCCAGGGGAAGGUGGGGGGCCUCCCACCAGCUUCUGCACCUCCUCUCGGCAGACACCUCUGAUCACUGCCAGGGGCCUCCCGUGACUCAGUGGCUGCCUUGCCUUCCUCCGACGCUCUUGCUCUCCUGUCCUUCUCUAGCUCCUCCCCUGCCAAGUCCCCAGCUUCCUUCCUGCUUGUUUUCUCCUUCUGGCCCUGUACUCCAACCAAACCACAGUCCCUCAGGGCAUGCUCCUGUCCCCUUCAUUGCCCAGCGUGGGGAAGAGGCAGGGCAUUUGGGGCCUGAGGGGAAGGGAAGUGGGCCGGGAUGUACAUUGAAUCUGUUACAAGUGCCUUAAUCCGAGCCAGCAGGGCCCUCUGCUUGCCCGCUGCCGUACUGUAUGUAGGAAACUGCCCUGUAGCUGCUUUGUGUCAAGAGGGAAGUGGUUCCUCUCAGAAUCUGGAUUUCCCUUCAGCCAGAGCAAAAGAUGACUGCUUUGUAGGCUUGUGCCUGCAAGUAGGACCCUGCAGUGGCCAUGAGAUCCCCUGUGGGGAUUUCAGAGACCCUGAAGGAGGAAGGAGGGUUCAUCUUCCUGUCUGCGCAGCUCGGGCGGUUCUCCAUCCCUCUCUCCAUCGCUGCCACCAGGGAGUUCGCUGACCAGUCGCCUAGGAGGAGCGCAGAGCAGACAGCAGAGAUGCACCUCACAGCCCCUUCCCUUCUCGUGCUCUGGGGCUGCACCCUCCCCACCAGGGCGCUCAUGCUUCCUUCGAGGCUUUGGUGGAGGUGGGUGGCCUCCGCUGCCAGGCCCCACAUGUGAUGUGAAGAGUAGAGAAAUGCCCAGUUCUUACUGUUGACGUUGGAUAUGGAAUCACAGCUGCAGUGAUUGGUUGGUUUUAAAUAAAGUGCACGCUAUUUUA